GGGGGCGAGGUUCGGUUGAGCGGCUGCGGUGGCGCCGGUCAUGGUGGGGAGGGGCAGCUUAACAUUUACACUGCCUUGAUGCAUCUUCAAGACAAAACAAAACAAAGUGCAGUCCUAUCACUUUGACCUUUUUUUCCUUUCCGAUAGUUAUGCCCAGUCAUCUUUUACUCCCAUUUUUCUGUGUGCAAAAGAUCACUUCAGCUCUCUCCAGUACUCAAGUAAGGAUGCCUUAAGCGGUAACUAUGGAUAAAUAUAUUAAAGUGCAGAAGAUUGGAGAAGGAUCCUUUGGGAAAGCAAUUCUGGUCAAAGCAAAAGAAAAUGGCCAACAGUACGUUAUUAAAGAAAUAAACAUCUCAAAGAUGUCAAAUAAGGAGAGAGAAGAAUCAAGGAGAGAAGUUGCUGUGUUGGCUAAUAUGAAACAUCCAAAUAUAGUCCUGUAUAGGGAGUCAUUUGAAGAAAAUGGCUGUCUCUACAUAGUGAUGGAUUACUGCGAAGGAGGAGACCUAUUUAAAAAAAUAAAUGCCCAGAAAGGAAUCCUGUUUUCUGAGGAUCAGAUUCUGGAUUGGUUUGUACAAAUCUGUUUAGCACUAAAACAUAUACAUGAUAGAAAAAUCUUGCAUCGGGACAUAAAGUCACAGAAUAUAUUUUUGACCAAAGAUGGGACAGUACAGCUGGGAGACUUUGGAAUCGCCAGAGUUCUUAACAGUACUGUAGAACUGGCUCGCACUUGCAUCGGAACGCCAUACUAUCUGUCACCUGAAAUAUGUCAGAACAAACCUUACAACAACAAAAGUGAUAUCUGGGCCCUUGGUUGUGUUCUGUAUGAGAUGUGCACACUUAAACAUGCGUUUGAAGCUGGUAACAUGAAAAACUUGGUACUGAAGAUAAUCUCUGGAUCUUUUCCUCCUGUUUCUAUGCAUUAUUCCUAUGAUCUACGUAAUCUACUCUCUCAGUUAUUUAAAAUGAAUCCUAGGGAUAGACCAUCAGUCAACUCCAUAUUGGAGAAAAACUUUAUAGCCAAACGAGUUGAAAAAUUUCUCACACCACAGCUUAUUGCAGAAGAAUUCAGUCACAAAAUGUUCCAAAAGUUGGGACCACAUGCUGCACCAGCAAAAAGACCAUCUCAUGGACAAAGCUUGGCUUCAGUUGCACCAGCUCAGAAAAUUACCAAACCUGCUGCAAAAUACAGAGUGCCUUUAAUGAGCAAGAAAACUGGUGAUGCACCUAAAAAGAUUCAUGAGAAGAAGCCAUUGAUUAAAUGUGGGCAGGCCUUUCCAACUCCAGUGAAGAAAAUGAAUCCAGAAGAAAGGAGAAAAAUGUUUGAGGAAGCUGCAAAAAAGAAAAGGUUAGAAUUGCCUGAAAAACGCCAACGAGAUCAGAUGGAACGAGUAAACAGAGCCAGGGAACAAGGAUGGAGGAAUGUGCUUGGUUCAGGUGGAACUGUUGAUGUUAAGGCACCGUAUUUUGGUGGUGGAGGUGGUGCUGGUCCUUUUCCUGUGUCUUCUAGAGGACAAUAUGAACACUAUCAUGCUAUUUUUGAUCAGAUGCAACAACAAAAGGAAAACAUUAAAGUAGCUGAAGAGAGGGAAGCCAAAUGGAGGGCAGGUGUACAAGGCCAAGAAGCUGUUGAAAGAGGAAUUCCACCUGGAGUACGUCCAGGAGUUCCUAAGGGGCCUGCAGGUCAUCACCAUUUACCUGAUGCUGAUGCAAUUAGGAAAAAAAUGAAAAGAUUGAAGGAGGUGUCUAAACAAGCCAAUGCAAACAGGCAGAAAGGAUGGGUAGCUGCAGAAAGAGAAAAGCAAGUUGAAGAAUUCUGGCAACGGAAGAGAGAAGCCAUGCAAAACAAAGCUCGAGCUGAGGGACACAUGGGUACACUGCAAAACGUGGCAGAUAUGUAUGGAGGCAGGCCCAUUUCUGCAAGAGGAAGGAAAUCCAGAAACAAGGAGGAAGAGGAGUAUUUGGCAAGAUUAAGACAGAUUCGGCUACAAAACUUUAAUGAACGUCAACAGAUUAAAGCAAAACUUCGUGGAGAAAAGAAUGAAGCUGGCAGUUCUUCUGAUGGACAAGAAUCAAGUGAGGAAGCAGAGCUGAAACGCAAAAAAAUACAAGCACAGAAGGCCCAAGCAAAUGCUCGAGCUGCAGUUCUGAAGGAGCAAUUGGAACGAAAGAGAAAGGAAGCCUAUGAAAGAGAGAAAAGAGCUUGGGAGGAGCAUCUGAUAGAGAAAGGAGUAAAAAAUCCUAACGUGCCUUUUCACGUGGGGGCCAUAGGACACAGUCCUGGGCAUGGCCUGCAAGAGCAUGGAGCAUCCCUUUCUAAGCCACAACUUCCACUGAAGCCUGAUACACCAGUCAUCUCCAUGACUUCUGCUUUGAAGGAAGUGGGUGUGGAAGAAAAUGUAACUCUUAUUCAGGAAGCUGAAGAGGAAACAAAAAAGCCAGAUUUUACAAUGCAAAAUAAGCGAGAUAUACUGAGAAGAUUGAAUGAAAAUCUUAAAGCUCAAGAAGAUGAGAAAGGGAAAAAGGAGAGUAAAAGUAUCUCUGAAUCAGUUUUGUCUGAAGGUGGUAAGGAACAGCAAGAAGACAACUAUCCACUUCUAGGAGAUCGCAAAAAAUGGGAAUCAGGGGCAUCUGAGUUGGUAGUUCCUCUAGCUCAGUUAUCAAUGGAAGACACGCUCUCUGGAACGGACCGACAAACUCUGGGGGAAGUAAUUAAAUUGGAUAUUGGUGAACCUCACAGGAAAGUCUGGGGCAAAAGCCCUACUGAUUCAGUCCUGAAGAUCCUGGGAGAAGCAGAGUUGGAGCUUCAGACUGAAUUACUAGAGGAACUAGAUGUAAUAAACGAUGCUGCAGAAGUUAUUGAAGGAGAUUAUCAGUCCUUAAUCAUAAAAGAGAAUAAUGAAGAGAAAGCUUUUCCUACUGCGGGAGCUAAGUCUUCAGUACCAGUUGGUGUUGCUGAAUCUGAAACAUCUGUACCAGAAGAUUAUCAAAGAGCUGACCCUACGCAGAUGCAGUACAAGCCUGUUCUGCUGGAUGAGCCUGAUGAUUUGGAAGCAGAGGUGUUGGAAGAAACAGAAGAAAAUAAAAAGCACAAAACCAAGGAACUUCCCACCACUGUUAAUGAUGUAUGGGUAAAAGAGAAAGAGGAUAAGGCACAAUGUGACAGAAGAAAUGAGGUGGCUUCUGAGAAGCUAGUCCUUGACAAGAUGAAACCACAAGAAGAAGCUCCAGGAGGAACUUGUUCCAAUGAUUCUCCACAACCUGAACCCUUAUUCCAGAGGGUAAUACAGCCCCCAGUUGUACCGACUGCCUCACCAGUUCUUUCAGCUCAGUCUUCACAGGAAGAACCCUUGGUACCUCGUUCACGUUCCAUAUCACCAGCAAAAAUUAAAGGCAAAAGUUCUUUGUUGACAGGACUUUCCACAGGGCUGUUUGAUGCGAACAACCCAAAGAUGUUGAGAACAUGUUCACUCCCAGAUCUUUACAAAUUGUACAGAACUCUAGUUGAUGUUCCCAGUGUAGCAGAUGUACAGCAUCAAGAUGAUCUUGAAAUAGAUGAUACAGAGGAUGAACAAGGCAAAGAAGGACCCUCUGAUUCUGAUGACAUUAUGUUUGGGGAGGCAGAUACAGAUUUGCAGGAACUUCGGGCCUCAAUGGAACAGUUGCUUAGGGAGCAGCCUAGCGAGGAAUUCAGUGAAGAGGAGGAAUCUACUUUAAAGGCCAAUGCUAUGGAAUGCAUAACAAAUGGUACAGAGCUGGAUGAAGAAGAUGAAAAUAACCCCAGCAGUGAAAGUGCACUUAAUGAAGAAUGGCAGUCAGAUAACAGUGAUGGAGAGCUUGCCAGUGAAUGUGAAGAAUGUGAUAGUGUCUUCAGCCAUUUGGAAGAGCUGAGAUAUAACCUGGAGCAGGAAAUAGGCUUUGAUAAAUUCAUUGAAGUUUAUGAUAAAAUAAAGGCUAUACAUGAAGAUGAAGAUGAAAAUAUUGAUGCUUGCUCAACUAUAGUUCAAACUAUUCUGGGAAAUGAACACAAACACCUGUAUGCCAAAAUACUUCAUCUAGUAAUGGCAGACGGAGCCUACCAGGAAGAUAAUGAUGAAUAAAUCUGACUCAGGAAAUUCUUUAACACUCUACUAUAUAUCAGUGUUUGAACUCUGCACAGUGGAAUAACAGUUGUAGCAGGAAAUUGUAACGUGGGGCAGGAAAAAGAAGAUGCAAGAAAAGCAUGUUGAUUGUAUGAAAAGGGGCGGGGGAACAUACCUUUUAAAUUGAGAUAUUUUUACAUUUUUUUGUGUUCUUGCAUAUGUGUUCAUUAAUAAUUUCUUGCCCAAAAUGAGAAAACAUACGUCCAUCUUCCAAACAUCUUCCAAAUUCACACUGAAGUACAGAGAAGAAUGCCUGAAGAUGUUCUGACACAAACCUGAGACCUAUCAUGUAAUACAGAAUCUUUGCCAUCUCAGCAAUUGGCUGCUAGGAUGAGAAACCAAUUGGAAGGAUUUCCAUGUUGUGAAAGUACCCGCUUCUGGCUGUUCACCUGCAUGCUCUUUACGCCUACAUUCGGAAGUUACUUCAUUUUUAUUGACCCUUGUGGCUGUAUGUAAUAACACCUUAAUUUAGUGGUCUAGUUUGAGUAUUUCACUUUUUAUUUAAUAAAAGUAUAUUUUAUUUUGAA